GUUCCCUCAAAGACGAUCGAUCAGGUCCAGUCCAGGCAGAGAGCAGAUCAUGGCGUUCUGUGCUGGGAGGGAGGCGAGGGGCUGGCAGCGCGACGGCUGGGAGACUGAAGUUGACCCGAUCGAGCAGGAGGACGCACUUUUCGGAAGUCUAGACGAAGACGAACUAGAAACAGCGGGUCCGGACGAGCUAAUUACCACUUCGUUCUCGAUGGAGCGCGAUACGGUAGAGUUAGAUUUGGUGGAGCGGCUCUCGUGGGACGCUACAAGCGAAGCCUCCAGCGACGAGGAAGAGGAGACGUCGCAGCUCAUGCGGCCCACACAGCUCCCCAUCCAGACUAGCACGACACCUACAGAAGAAGCGCAGUGGAAUCUCAUCUCGCCGUGUUCUGAGACCGCGUCGCCACGUCCUUCAAUGACUGCGACAUUGUCUCCAUUGACACGAGUGUCGAUCUCGUCUCCGGUGCGUCAGUUGAGGUUCUUUGAGCCCGAACACGAGCCUACAGACGAACAGAUUAAUGGAGCGAUCGAGGAAGAGGACGAGGAAGAAGAAGAGGUGGCCCCCUUCGACCCCGACACUUGCUGGACCGCCGACGCCGACAGUGUAUUGUCAUCUCCCGUAGCUAAAGUAUCAGAAAAUCCGUUCCCGACGUACCAUCCAACUGAGCCUGUUACAAGGACGGCAGCUGACGACGUCAUCAGCGACAGUGACGAGGAGGAAGAUCGACAGAGAACAACUGCCUCGCUUCGACCGAGUUUGCUUCCAAGAGUACCGUCAAUCUCGCAGUGGAGGCGACAGAAAGCCCGGACAUGUUCAGGUGCAGGGUCAGCCGGGAUGCCGACUGCGCUGUCACUUGCUACAUUCAAAUCCCGUACGCGCUCAUUAUCCCAAUCCCGGAAUCAGAAGGUUGACGAUGAAGACGCUGGAGACUUCUCCAGUGAUGACGAGGGCUACACACCAGAGCUGCAUCGUCGUCGAGGCCAAGAGCAAGUUGAACAGCGGACUGCACCUGCUGCGAUCAGGUUCGACUGCGUCUACUGCAACGAGUGA